ACCGGAAGGUAGGUAUUAUUACAUUGUUUUAUAAUCAUUUAAAUUGCCGGUUGCAUUUAUUUAAAUUAGUAAUUAACACACAGGUGUUAUACCAGUAUUAAAUCUUUCCACUCAUUGUUGUGUACGUGUAGAAGUUUCGGUGGAUGUAAUAUUUUAUUUUUAUCAAAUUGAUUAGCUUUACUGGAUAGUUCCCAUUUCUCAAGUGGUUCAGAUAGAAAGAUUAUUGUUAUUGUCGUUAUUUGUGCAUUAUACGUUUAAUCUUCAGUUGACGAGUACGUUUUGAGCAUCGGCAAUCGCAAUGAAGAAAAUUGUGGUUUUUGGAUCGACCGGUGCUAUAGGGCUGUGCGCCGUGGAAGCCGCUUUGAAAAAAGGUUUCUCAGUCCGCGCCUUCGUCCGUGACCCUGCGAAACUCCCGGAAGACCUGAAGAGCAAGGUUGAGGUUUUCGAAGGGAAUGUUCUGGAACCAGACUCUGUCCAGGACGCAGUGGAGGGUACGGAAGGAGUGGUGAUCGCUCUGGGAACCAGAAAUAACCUGGCACCCACCUCAGACCUGUCCGAGGGUACAAAGAACAUCAUUGAAGCGAUGAGGGCGAAGAAUGUUAAAAAUGUCUCGGCGUGUAUAUCCGCCUUCUUGUUCUAUGAGGCGGAUAAGGUGGCGCCGAUCUUUGUGGACAUCACGGCGGAUCAUAAAAGGAUGUACACCGCGUUGAAGGAGAGCCCCUUGAACUGGGUGGCUGUGUUCCCGCCACAUUUUACUGACGAUCCUAGCCGCGAGAUAAUAGUCACCGUGAAUCCGGAGACAAGUCCAGGCAGGACCAUCUCCAAGAUUGACCUGGGCACGUUCCUUGUCGACGCCCUGGACGAACCCAAAUACUACAAGGCUGUCAUCGGCAUCUGUAAUGUGCCUAAGUAAUUGGUUGUGAAAUUAUGAUAUUGGCGGUUAACUAGAUAACGAAAAAAGGUAAAUUUUUGGUACCUAGGGCCGUAACUGAAAUUUAUUUACAUACCAUUGGCUAGGCUGGUAUACUCGUGGCAAUUCCUAUUCUAUAUAUUCCUAAAACAUUGGUAUUAUGUUGGAAAAAAAAACUAAAAAUUCACGUGGAAAUUUCUAACGCACAAACUUCAAAACCGCGUGGUUAUAAGUUAUGGUAUAUAUUUCUUGUGACGAAAUAACUAUUUCCACCCUCCACUGGGCAGUGUUUCUAAUGAGAAGGUGGCACCAAAGUGUAUGAAUCAAGUUUUAUCGCAAAGUAUUAAUCAUAGUUAACUGUCAAUAUUUAUAUUUUAACUGCAUUUUUGUAUUUUAAUCUGUAGUACAUUCCGGUAAUGUGCUAUUUUCUUUUAGUACGUAAAGUAUAUUUUACUCUUCGUCUGGUGUGGGUUAUCCAUAAAUUACGUCAAUUAUUCGUGGAUUUAAUCAUCUUCAAUUUAUUAGGUAUUCACAGGUUGCCCCUUGUAACUUUAGUGCGAUAUAGAAUUGCUAGAAGUGAUUUUUAGAUGAUUGUCAUGAGAAUACUUAUGAUACACCGCACUUAUGACGUCACUCUGUUGACGUAAUUUAUGGAUGAUCACAGACCGGACAAGCUUUAGUGGUAAGCCAAUAAAGUAUGUUAUUUCAAUAAAAUUAUUUAUUGUU